CAUGGCCGCUUAGGGCUUCCGUAUUGAAGGGGUUAAAGAUGUCUUGCAAACCCUGCCUUUAUCAAUAGAUGGCAGUAUUGCAUCGUUUUUCUAAUCCCCGAAAAACCACAGGUUAGAUCCCAAAUGGCUCCAUAUUGCAGAUAAAGUGGACUAGUGAAUGUAAAAAGCCAUUAUUCCCGAUGUAGUGUACUUAUCUAGGGCGGUAGGGAGCAGUGUGGGAUUGAGCCGCUGACUGCUUGAUACGUAUCCACCAAAGGCGUUGAUGGUUGGAAGUUAGGAUUUUGUUGUUGUUGUUGUUGUUGUUGUUGUUGUUUUUACUUGCACUUUGUUUCUUGUCACUUGGAAUUGUUUUGGUUUUAAAAGCAGGACAGAGGUCUGGCCAAAUUGCCACACUGAGUAAACAUCGAAACGCUUCACUUUUCCAAGCUUUGUGGAGUUCCGGCUUCCUCGACUGCCAUCUGCUUUACUUCCGUUAUUGUCUUCAUGAAUGUUACAUAGUUAUUACAAGUGAUAGGGCACACACUGAGUUUUAUCAUUACGGAAGUGAGAACGCACUGUAAGCUUUGUUAAUUGUGUAAGUAGUCUAGGCAGUAAAAUGGCGAAGUUUGUGGUCAUCAUGGUGUUUAUUUUGUCCACACUGACUCGAGAGAGUGUGUGUGCUGUGUCAGAAACAGCCUCGAGUAUGUGGCAAAGUGCACAGUCCGCCGUUAAGAGCCUGGGUGAUGAUGCUCACUCCUAUCUAGUCUCCCUUUUAGGUAAACAGUCAGUCGACACACUGCAAAAGACCAUCGGGGAUGCCAUAAAAGUGACAUCGCAGGCCACAGCUAACGCUCUGAAUGUAGUGGCAGCAUACAUCACAGAUUUUCUGGGUGAUGCAGGAAUUGAUGCCAAACUGCCAGUCAAGCGCUUCACCCCUGAAGGUGUUGUCUUCGUGUCUUACUGGGCAUUGCUGGCUGUGCUUGGAUACUGGCUGCUGUCCUUGGCAGUUUGUCUGCUUACAGGUGUUGUUAGAAGAACUUUGUUUCUGCUAAAAGUCGCCUUUGCCAUUGCCACAUUCGGGCUGAUUGUGAGUGAUGGUGGAGCCAGUGCCGAAACCACAGCAAUGAGACUAGCUGCCUUGGUGUUUGCUUGUGUCCUCCUGGGCGUCGGACCUUCGACUUUCAGGGGAGACUCCAAUGCCCGCCUGGAGCAAAAAGUCAAGGUGCUUGAGACACGGAUGAGAGAGAUGGAGAGGAAGAGAAAAGAAGAAUGAGAGCCACUAAAAUUCAAUAAAGGAUUGAGCUAGAGUUAACCUGGGCCUGUUAGCCCUAAGGAACAGAGAUUUUGAAUCUGUGUUGGAUGAAUGGAUGUGACCAUGUCAUUGACUCAGUAGUGUAUUAGACUUUUUGAGUGUUUCUCCAUACAUGGAGUGACUGACAUGUCGGAGCAGCAAAAACACAAAACCUGUAGAGUUACUCCAGUACUAAUGUUGGAAAACACUGAUUUAUGAGUGGAAGGUGUUUGGGUGGACUGACUUUUUAUUAUUUGGCAAAUAUUUACCCAGUUUCCUUUUACAUUCAGACAAAUGGAGUACUUGGAAUGUGUUGUGGUUUGAAUAUAUUUAUUUAUGUCUUAUUCAUUGUGUACAUUUUCUUACUUUAAAAUGGACGUUUGUUUUUCCAAAACACUGCAUAAUUAAAAGGAAGAUUGUGGAAUUCGACUUUAAUUCUUUUAGAAAUAUAAAUAUUUAUUGGUUUACUGAUUUAUAUAAGGACCUUAACUCAGUCUUAGGAUUGGUUUAAUUUAGGCAAUCAUAUAAUUGCUGGUUUCUCUUUCUAAAGUACAUUAAAAUUAUGGAUCUAGAAAUAUAAUUAAAUUAGUCAAUUGAAGUUAGAUGUGUUUAGAAAUUCCUCAGGGGUCAUUAAGCUUGUACAGAAAGGGCUGGUGUCGCCGCACGUAGUUGUUCCAGCUAAAGAUGAUCUAUACCUACUAAUAGUCGAUUGAAGACCAAAAUCAGCAAGAGGAAUUAGGUGUGGAAUGAAAAAUUUGCAGCUACACUGGCCCUUGAUUGAGAACCUAUUGUGUUAAAUUUAUGUUCUGUCCAAACAGGAUUUCAAUCAGCUUUAGCACUACAACAAAAACAGCUGUUAACUUGGUGGCUUUGUUAUGCUGGGGAAUUUUUUUUAUGCUUCCACCACUAGGUGAUUUCACUAGGCAUUUUUUGGGUUGUCCAUGUGCCCGUCCAUGCAUCUGCCCAAGGUUCUUGUUAGCGCAAUUUCUUAAGAAUGAGUGGUUGAAUGUUGGUAAGAUUUAUAUGAAUUUAUCAUUGUAACCAGCAGAUGAACUAAUUACAUGUUGGAAUUGAUCCAAACAGAGGCAAGGUAACAGCAUCGUCAAAUGAGAGACAUUUUUUUUUCAAUAACUUCCUCUUUGAAGUAUAAUUUAACAGUAAU